CACAUCAUAAUCAGUCACUCCAGUUAUAACCAGUCUUUCAUUGUUGAGUACACGAAAAUGACUAUGGCCGAAUCGAGCUGGAAACGACGGAAAGUAGAAGAACAUAAUGAGGAGGAAGACGAAGGUGAAGUAGAAGAAGAAGAAGAUGAACAUGACGAGGAAGAAGAAGAUGAACAUGAUGAGGAAGAAGAAGAAGAAGAAGAAGAAGAAGAAGAAGAUGAACAUGAUGACGAAGAAGAAGAAGAAGAAGAAGAAGAAGAAGAGGAGGAGGAGGAUGAUGAUGAAGAAGGGGAAGAGGAUGAGAUCGACAGGAUAAGCACUCUGCCGGAUCCACUGUUGUUGCAUAUACUCUCCUUCCUACCAACAAGAACCUCCGUGGCAACGAUGAGUCUCGCUUCUCGAAAGUGGCGCAACCUUUGGGAGCAACUUCAGGUCUUCAACUUUAAGGACUCGGACCCGGUCUUCCACACCCCCCAUGACUGUGAGUACAAAAAGUUCAAAAAGUUUGCCUAUUACGUUGACAGUGUGCUCGCUCUCCGCAGAUCCCGCAACAUUCGAAAGUUCCGUCUCAGCUGUGGAUACGCCGAUGAGAACAAGUUUAAAGUGUGGAUCCGUGCUGCCACUGGACCCCACCUUCAACAACUCUAUCUCAAGGUUCCAAAUGCCGAAUGUGUUGCCGAUUGUUUAGUAACACUCCCUUCUUCCCUUUUUAUCAACUGCAACAACCUCGUUUCCCUCACUCUUUACGGUGCAAUCAAAAUGAAGGUUGAACAUUCUUCAGUUCAUUUUCCAUCAUUGAAGCAGCUCAAACUCGACAUAUGGGAACUGGAUUCGAAAGUUGCCUUUCUCUCUAGCUGCCCUGUGCUGGAAACUUUGGAUACUAUCCUUGAAUACAGAGACAUAUCUUUGACCAAGCUUGCUGUUCCACCUUUCUCCAGCUCCAAGUUGAAAUCCAUCAAUGACAAUUUCACUUGGACUUACUUUGAGUUUGAUGAUAUUGAUAUCUAUCCAUGUGUCACAUUGGGCAUCGUUGGCAUCUUUCAUAGUAUGGUGGAAGCAUUUCUUGAUGUCUUUUCCCUGAGAGAGAGUGAAUUUGUCGACCCUAUUCUCAACUGCAUCCGAGAUGAGAUCCGAUUCUGAGAUAAGAUAGGUGAAGUUGCAUCAAAUCUACUUUUGCGUCAUUCAACAUCAAAGUGGCCACUUCAUUCCCAUGUUCUAAACUAUCCAGAGUUUCGCAAAUUAGAUCGUCUAAAGUUCAUUCUUCCCUGCUUUAACUCAAAUCUUCUGCUCAACGUGCUUGAGAAAUGCCAUAUGCUUAAAGUUCUCAUAAUCCAAAGCAGCAAGGAGGAACAACCACCAUUGAGAACAUGGCAGCCGGAGUCAACAAGAGUUUCUGAAUGUCUCAAGUCCCACCUGACCUAUAUUCACAUAGAAAGUCACAGCUCAAUAUCAGCAAUGCAGACAAAAUAUAUUGAAUUCAACAAUGUAGACAGAGUUUGAUUUCCUACUGCUAUUGUCGUUCUUGAUUUUGCUUCAAUAUGAUGAACUAAUGGAAAAGUUAGACAAUGUUUUUCA